CCACCCCAAACAGAAAUGGGGCGUGUCCCAGCGAGAAAGCGGCUUGGUAAGAAGAUGACGCGCCCGGCGCCGUACUGUUGCAGACUCAGCAUGGCGGCGGCGCUGAAGGAAGCUGUUGGACUGUAUGAACAGCUUAAAUUAGAGUGGAAUAAGAAAAGCCCCAACUUGAACAAAUGUGGGGACAUUCUAUCGAAACUCAAGAUUUCCCUCUUGGAGCUGAACUUCCUCCCCACUACUGAAACGAAGUUGACAAAGCAGCAGAUGAUCUUAGCCAGAGAUGUUCUGGAGAUUGGGGCACAAUGGAGCAUCCUAAAGAAAGACAUCCCCUCAUUUGAACGCUACAUGGCCCAACUGAAGUGCUACUAUUUUGACUAUAAAGAGGAACUGCCAGAAUCUGCCUAUAAGCAUCAACUGCUGGGACUCAACCUGCUCUUCCUACUGUCUCAAAACCGUGUGGCAGAGUUCCACACUGAGCUUGAACGUCUUAGUGCCAAGGAUAUUCAGACAAAUGUUUACAUCAAACAUCCUGUAUCACUGGAGCAGUAUCUGAUGGAGGGAAGUUACAACAAAGUCUUCCUAGCAAAAGGGAACAUUCCUGCUGAAAGUUACACCUUUUUUAUUGACAUUCUUCUUGACACAAUCCGAGAUGAGAUUGCUGGCUGUAUUGAGAAGGCAUAUGAACAGGUACUCUUCAGUGAAGCAACAAGAGUCCUCUUCUUUACUUCUAAGAAGAUGACGGAUUAUGCAAAAAAGCGUGGCUGGCAUUUAAACUCUAAUAACCAAUACACAUUUGGCUGUCAGCAGCAAAAACCAGAGGAGUCCACUAUUCCAUCUACAGAGUUGGCCCGCCAGGUCAUUGAAUAUGCACGUCAACUGGAGAUGAUUGUCUAGCAACCUCCUUCUUCAGUGGACUUUGUUCAUAUCUAUUUAAACUCUGUCCUAGUAUGGAAGCCGUAUCAGAGGACUGUAAUUACAAUGUAAUUAUUGCAAGCAGCUGUCAUUUUUUUUUUUUUCCCCUCAGUUUUUCAUUACAUGCACCUCCUGCCCUUUUGUGGGCAUUUCAUACUAAGCCUACUGUCCCAAGUCUGUAAAUGGAUCCUGUCCAAUGGAAUAAAUUGUGGUAAAAAUGAAA